CACCGCCCUUGCUACGCUACUGUAAUGGGUCUGAGAUCAGGUCAUAAAACGGGAAUCACACCGUCGAAAAUAAACACGGUCAUUCCAAUAAUGAUGUUUUUGCCCUGCAAGUCACCACUAACAGUGCCUUUUGUUUGUACGAGGUUCGUCGGACCUGUCAACUAGAUACAUCUAUCUCCCACUGCACACGGCGGCUUGUUAGUUGUGAGAAAAUGCGUGCCAUAAGCUGUUGUGUAGUGUCGCUUGUAUUUGCUGGGCUGUUGACAACGGAGACUUUGGCUGCAGGUAAUAUUCAAGAUUUGGAUCUAAUCGAUUUGAUAAGAAUCAAAUGUCUUUGAUUAGGAUCAAACCUCUUUGAUUAGGAUCUAAUCUUUUUUACGUCCAGGCGUUAGAGUUAGCGUUAUAAAUGUAUUUUUUUUUUAAAUGAGACCAUCAGCUGAUCAUGUGCAUGAUGGGAUAUUUUGUUUUGUUAUAAAUUAGAAUGUUUGUAUCCCUAACGAGUUGUGUUAUGCAGAUAAAGACGUAUGUUAUAUCACAGCAUAAACGAAACACCACUAUACGGAAGUUAUUAAAUGAAAUUCUUCACAUUAUUUUGUUAAUGAAAAGAAAUCUUCUUCUUCUUCUAUAUCUUAAGGGCCCACGAUCAAUUUAUUGAUCAUUUUGGCUCCUAUGCUAUAGAUUUUUCAAAUGAGUCCACGAACGAACUCCUCUGAUAAAAUGUGAGCUAAAGUUUUAAAGGUGACACAUUAGGGAAACACGAACACCUUCAGAAAUGUCUCCUUAAAUUAUACUAUUAUUUGAAGUUGUUACGUACCAUUGUAUGGUUUUUGCAAAUUUAAUCGGUUUUAGUUUGGCUCGUUUGGCGAACAAUGUGUAACAAUGGACAGAAUACGUGUAUACAAAGAACAACAAUAACAAAGCUAGCUAUUAUUAAAAAAAAACAACCCGUUAAAUCUUAUUAAAAUAGAAUAAAUGACCCGAUGUUAUCGGGAUAAUAAUGGUAGGUCCUUUGCGAUAAUUUCUAAAUGCUAUUGCAAAAACUAAUCCCAAUUCAUAACUUUUAAAAUGUAAUGAUAUUUACGUUUCUAACAUCAUUAAGUUUUGAGAAGUGUUUAUCUGCUAAAUAUGAUACGCGUACCCGACUACCUUUCACGCUCCUAAACGACUUUUCCCCCUCUAAACAUGACCUAUAAAAUUCAUUCCUUUAUUUAGAGACUUACCUUGUUCUCCCUUGAGCAAAAUGUACAUACACAUAUUUGUAAAAAAAAAAGAGUAUGCAACAUAUCUUUUUUCACAAAUGUAAUGCCAUAGGAUUUAAAUGUAUUGUUAUCCAAGUACAAAUGUACACAUCCUAUUUCCUACCUCCGAUAUGUAUGUACCCAAGAAGGUUAUUUAUUUAUCAAAUUCAUUCCUUUAUUUUGAGACGUGCUGCCUGGGGAAAAGUGACUAACCCCUCCCCCACCCACAUUUAUAUAAAAUUAUAAAAUCGUCCACACCCAUAUCCAACUUAACAGAUUUUGCACUUCAUAUGGUUCGUUCUUAUUUGUAUGAGUUAUAAGUGGAUUAGUAAAUGCUAUUUGGCUAUGGAGUUGCGCUGCACGGAUUGACUUAAACUGGUUUUUCUUAUCAGAAUUAUAUUUAGAGGUUAAGUUUUUAUUACGUUAUAAAUUUAAUAAAAGUCUAUUUUUGGAAUUAAAAAAAUAAAACUUAUAAAAUGUUAAAAUACAAAGCUAACAUUUUUGUCUGGCUUAUUAAUUUUAUUUAAAGAACAAUCAAUUAAAUUUAAUUUAUCUUUUAAGAAGGGGAAAUACUUGAUCAGUUUUGUAACGCGCGGUUAUUAAAUCAAAGAAACUUAAGAGUUUUGGCAAACAUGUGCAAUUCGCGCUAUGACGUCACUAGCGUGUUUAUUAAGAAGAAAUUAAUUUUACUUUUAUUUCGCAAUAUAACAACGCACUAAAAAAAACUGAUGUUUGGGCUUUCCCGAUAAAUGUGAUUACCAUGUAAUUCUUAGAUCAUAAUUUUAUUAUGAUUUUUUUUCCAUAGCUUUUAAAUUUGGAUAAACUGCUUAAAAUAGUUCCUAAGUUGUUACUUUAAAUGUAUUUGUAAUCUUUAAUAAUAAUACUUAAACGUUUACUAAGAUUAAAGCGGAUUUAAAAUAAUUUUUGCGCAUUUAAAUUUAUUCGAUUUCCGUAAAAUAAUAGAAAAUAUCAAUGAUUGAUAUUUGGAAUCUGAACCUACUUAAAUCUUCUCGGUUCUUUGGCGUUAUGUCUGCAUAGCUUAUUCUUAUAUAUAGGUUAAUCCUUAAAUAUGCACUGUGUGGUGUAUACCCUGUUAAAUUAUACAACGUGUCGCUAAUACACUUUAUGGUUUAUACACUGUAUUCUUUAAACACUGUGGUUUAUACACUGUCUUUAUACACUGUGGCGUUUAUACAGUGUCUCGUUUACACACUGUGUGGUCUAUACACUGUAGUUUACACACUGCAUAGCACAUAGAUACAAAAACAAUUCACAGUCAUUAGAAAAUGCUCAAAUAUUGUUCUUGUACAGUUGGAACUCUCAUCAGAAAAUAAAAUUGUAAUCUUUGGCUGUUAUCUUGUCGGGCCAUGCCAAUCGUUACAUAUUUGAACCUGCUGAGCCAAUUUUAAAAGCAGCUGUCACUCGAGUUAAAGGUAUGAUUAGACAGGAUUCGUUUUAAGCGACUCAUUCUGACAGUAGGGACAGGUCUACAUUCAUGUUCAAUUCUCAUCCUUACAUCCCGAGGUCAUACUCGAACAACUCCUUUUUCUAGCUCUUCAAAACCGAUCCACACUUAUGGCAGACCGUGUCAAAAAAUCUUAUUUUUGAAAAACCUCCCGCUUUCGCUUUCCGAACGGACAAGGUUUAGGGACAUGCUUGUUAGAAGCCCCCUGACUGCCUUUAAAGCACAUAAGGGCACCAAAAAGAUCAACCGUAGCCUCAGUAACACAUGUCACUACGUUCUUCCAUUGACAGUAGAACCCUCUCAAUCCCAAGAACUAAAACUAAGACCAUCGGUGAACGCUCCUUCUGCUUCCAUGGGCCCACGUUCUGGAACCAGCUCCCCUUCCAUAUACGUCAUAGUGAAACCUCGUCCAUUUUCAAAAAGUCCCUUAAAACUCAUCUGUUUAGGUCCGCCUAUGACCUGUGAUGCACCCUCCUUGCCCUACCUCAUUUUCUGUUUCGGGUUGAUCCUGAAGUGUCAAAGUGUCCUCGUUUUAUAGCCAUUUUCAUUGUUUCUAUAGAAUAGUAGUUACUAUCCUAGUGUCUCAUUUGUAUUUACUUAGUUUACAUGUUUUAAUAAUUGUAAAGCGCUUAGAGCUUCAUGAUAAGCGCUAUAUAAAAAUGCCUAAAUAAAUAAAUAAAUGUCAAUAUGUGACUGAAGUUAAGAAGAUCCCUUGCCCUCCGAGAAUAUUCAAAAUAAAAGAUAGUUUUCCUUGCACAAGUGGUGACGUGAUUUACACUUUGUUAAUUUUACGGUAAAUCAUUUGAAUGAAAGGGAGGUCGUAACCUUGGAGACUGUUUUAGAAAACACCUGUAAGCCCUUUUACCAGUUUCCGAACAUUUCCAUAGUGCUAAUCAUAUUGUAAUUUUAGACAUUGGAGUUACUGGUAUAUUUUAUGCAAGUAAUACACCAGAUAUAAUUUAUAUGGAGAGUCAGUUAAUAACAUGAUUUGGUCCGUUGACUCCAUACGGUAUAAACCAAAUCAACAAUUUUACACAGCUGCAAUUUUUAUCUGUUUGUUUGUUUUUUUUAAAUUUUGUCUUCCACCCACUUUCUUUAAGUUCUUCUUAACUUUGUUUUUUCUCACAUUUUAGGUUGGGUAGACACACACAAACACACAAAUAUACACACAAACACACACACACACACAUAUAUAUAUAUAUAUAUAUAUAUAUAUAUAUAUAUAUAUAUAUAUAUAUAUAUAUAUAUAUAUAUAUAUAUAUAUAUAUAUAUAUAUAUAUAUAUAUAUAUAUAUAUAUAUUUUUUUUUUUUUAUAUUUUAUUUUUUAUAUACACACACACACACAAAAAUAUACACAUAUACACUCACACACACAUAUAUAUAUAUAUAUAUAUAUAUAUAUAUAAAGAUAUAUAAUUUUAUAUAUAUAUAUAUAUAUAUAUAUAUAUAUUAGAUAACUUUAGGUAGGAUACAUUUAAAAUUAGGUACACUUAAUUUUACUUAUGUGAAUUAUUUUUUUUUCCUUGUCCUUAUGAAAAUGUUUUUUUCAGAAAUAUCUACAUUUGUAUUCAGUAUGAUCAUUGUUAAUGCUGAACCUAUAUUGUUUUAUUCACAAAUUAUUAGUGUCUAAUCAUUCUGUUUGAAAAAUUUGUCGCAGAGUGAUAGGUAAUCAAAUCAUUGAACCAUGCUCCAGUGGACGCAUUAUAGUACAGCCAGAGAGUGCUCAUCAAUAUAUUUGAUGAGCUAAACAGAGGUUAAUCCUAUGGGAUUAACAUUACAUAAUACAAUAUCAAGAAGACCCUUGAAUAUAAGAGCAGUUCCUGAUGCAUAUUUGAACUUGAUUAUAUGACAAAAUAUUUCAAAAAGGGAACCGCCAAAAUAUAGCUGAUUUUUAUGUAUGUUGAUGUUAUCAUAUGUUUUAUUUAUUUAUUUAUUGAUUUAGGCAUUUUUAUAUAGCGCUUACCUUAAAGCUCUAAGCGCUUUACAUUUAUUAAAAACAUGUAAACUAACUAAAUAAAAUAAAAAGGAGACAUUAGGAUAGUAACUACUAUACUAUAGAAACAAUUAAAAUGGCUAUCAAACGAGGACACUUUGGCACGGUUUGGCCUAUACUACAGGAUCAACCCGAGACAGAAAAUGAGACAGGGCAAGGAGGGUGCAUCACAGGUCAUAGGCGGACCUAAACAGAUGGGUUUUAAGGGACUUUUUUUUUUACUAUGUAGAGGUUUCGAAUCUCGCACGAAAGCAUGGGAACGGCAUUCUGAUCCUUUUUCAUAUAACAAGUGUUUCACUGCAUUUGUUAAGAAAUAAAUACAUAAUUAUUUUUAGUUAUAGUGGGGUCUUGCGUGAUUUCCCCAUACUGUUUUCCCAUUAAUUGACCUCUCAUAUAUCAACAUAUGUUUUAAAGCGUUUACAUGUUAAUAUUUGUUUGACCACACGUAUAUCUUAAAUGAUAACACAAAUCUCGCUAUCUAUAAAUGUCAAUAUUUUUUAACCGUUUUGCAAUGUUAACAUACGUAAUGUUGAACUACAUCUUGAUGUUAGCUUUUGUUUCAGUUGCAUGCGAGUUCCAGUGCUCCGAUGCCCAAAAGUGCGUGCCAUACUCGGCUGUGUGUAACGGUGUCAGGGAUUGCAACGAUGGCUCAGAUGAGACCAUACAUUGCAGUAAGUGGUUCUGAAGUCAUAGCCAAUUAGUGAGUGGGGGAGAGGGGGGGGAGAGCGUGUUAGCAAUGCUAUUGAUUUUUGUGUGUAUAAAAGAAAGAAGGGGGCACGGAAGGUAUGCUUGUUUUUGUGCACGGGGCUAUUGUCACUGUUAGACGCAGCGGGACUGAUACUAAUUUAGGCUGAAAUCCGGGAAGUGUCAGUUACUAUGAAUGUUAGCCCCGUGUACGCCCCGUGUACGCCACGUGUAAUGAGUUGUAUAGGUUGUUUUGAGGAUUUGUUUUUGUGAACACAUGUUAGGAAGGCUCACCGGUCACAUGACUUAGUUGCAACUCAUUAAUUUGGUAAACGCAGUCGUCUGUACAUAGAGAUGUGUCAUUAUAUGGUGCUGUCUGUACAUACAGAUGUGUCAUUAUAUGGUACUGACUGUACAUAUAGAUGUGUCAUUAUAUGGUGCUCAAUGUACAUAUAGAUGUGUCAUUAUAUGGUGUUGUCUGUACAUAUAGAUGUGUCAUUAAUUAUGUUGUCUGUACAUAUAGAUGUGCAAUUAUAUGACGUUGUCCUGACAUAUAAAUGUGUCAUUAUAUGAUGUUGUCUGUACUCAUAAUUUUGUCAUUAUAUGAUGUCUGUUCAUUUAGAUGAAAAUGUAGAUUGAAGUAUUUGGUACACCUUUUUAUAUUGUAUGCUAAUGUUGGGAUCGUAUUUAAUAUGUGUACAUGGAUGCUAUUAUUGUGAAGUAUAUAACAGGUCGGAUGUGUAAAUCGAUGCUACUAUUGUGAUAGUAUGUAACCGUUAGAGUUAUUUAUAUUGGGUGAAAAUCUUAUGAUGGUACAUGACAUGUUUAUAAUAGAUGCUUAAGUUAUGAAGGUAUAUAACAGGUUUAUAAAGGAUAUUGCAGUGCGAAUGUUCUAUGUAAACUAGUAGAACUUAAUACCCGCUACAUAUUUCAGACACUUGUGGCCCUGAGCGCACUUUUUGUCAAGGUGUCAUGAAAUGUGUCCCUUUGUCAGCCAUCUGCAAUGGAGUAAACGACUGUGGAGAUAACUCAGAUGAACGGAACUGUCCGCAGGGGGUACUCCCUUAACAAACCCAAUUUAAAAAAAAAUGUUACACGAGAUCAUUUAAAAAAAAAAAUGUGUUUGUGUAUUUGCGUUUUAAAAAUCAAAGCCUAUUUCAUGUGUCUGUUUAUUUCAUGUAUCUGUUUAUUUCAUAUGUCUGUUUAUUUCAUGUGUCUGUUUAUUUCAAAUAUCUGUUUAUUUCAUGUGUCUGUUUAUUUCAUGUGUCUGUUUAUUUCAAAUAUCUGUUUAUUUCAUAUGUCUGUUUAUUUCAUGUGUCUGUUUAUUUCA